CGUCAUCACCAACAGCUCUGCAGACAAAGAGAGGUCAUCUUCUACACUCGUUCCCAUAUAUACCCACUUGCCCUGCUUCUGCUCAAUCGUCUUCUCCUUCGCCGAUUAGAACCCAAUUCUUCAAUUUCAGUUUCAAUUUCUAUAACUAAAGAAGAAAUCAAUCGUCGACUCCACCUUCACCGUCUUACAUAAAAUUCAAAGCAGAUAAAAGAGAUAUGGCGAUGCGGGACCUAGUUGCAGGAGGAGCGGCUUGUGCGGUUCCGGGUUCUUCAUCUUCCAAUCCUCUUGGCGCUCUUGCUAAUACUCUCUUAGGCUCCUCUUCUAAGACCCAGGAAAGGUUGAAGGAAGUCCCUAUAGCAACUGCUACAAGUUCUGAGAAUCGAUUUUUCCAGGAUGUUGAGGACCCUUUGAGAGCACUUCCAGGGACUGAGUUUGAACGACAGCCAUUUUCUCACCCCGGUGGUCAGGGCUCGGAAUUUCUUCGUGGGUUUCGCUCUGCUGAUCAGAAUGGACUUGCAGAUGCGUGGGAUGAGGUACAGCGGUCUCAUGUUCCUCUUCCACCUCAGGCUAACAUUCCUCAAUUGGAUCAUGUGUAUGAUCGGGGACCUCAGCUUCAACCAACUCUGGAUGGACCACCCCAAAGAGUGCUGUCAAGCUUCUUGCACUCGUUUGUUGAAAGCAGCCGUGGUGGAAUCCCUUUUCAUCCUGCUCCAUUGCCAUUAUUAGGAUUAUCUGAAGGUGACAAACAAUGCAUACGUGAUCGUAGCAGCAUAAUGGCCCGACACUUUUUUGCUGAUAAAAGUGAAGAUUUCAUUAAUGCACAGGUGAAUGCACUAUUGUCUUCAUUAGAUAUUGACAGUGAUGUCCGAGUGAAGGGGCCUCUACCUGGGAGAUUCCGAGAACUGGAGGAUUACUGGAAUGAAUCACAAGGUAGCCUGAGACCGGGUCCUCAUCCCACUGAUGGAUGGAUUGCAGAGUUUAAUCAGCACAGACUAGACCAUAGUGAUCCUGAUGCUUGGGCUCAUGCAUUUGAACGGCAACACGGUGCUAAUGGUUGGGCCUCUGAAUUUGAGCAGGAACAGCAGCUAGCAUCAAUGGGUCAAAUGAGAGGUGCAAAUAUUCCAAACUUAGCAGCAAUGGAACAGACUCGUAUGCUUGCCCACACUCUUGCUCAAAAUAAUGACCCUAAAUUUCAGAAUUCAAAGUUUCUUCAAUUUGUGUCAAAGAUGAGUCGUGGUGAACUUAUUAUUGAUGAUAAUCAAGUCAAGCCAGCUGCUGGACCUAGUGAUUGGGCAACAGAAUAUCAACAACAGUAUACUGGUAGUACUUGGGCUGAUGAAUAUACACGUGACGAGGUUUCUCAUGGGCCUGAUCGAUGGGUUAGUGAAUUUACCACUGAAAGAGAGCAAAAUGCGUCUGUUGAUGAUCAGUGGGUAAAUGAAUUCUCAAAGUUGCAUGUUAAUGACUGGGUGGAAGAAUUUGGGCAGCAGGUUGCGGAAGAAGUGGGGGAUAGUUCAGCUGAUAAUUGGGCAAAUGCCUAUGAUGAGUACCUAAAUGAAAAAGCAGCUGCUAAAUCAGAAGCUUCAAGGGGAGUCUAUGUGUUUUCUGAUAUGAAUCCUUAUGUUGGUCACCCCAAUCCUUUAAAAGAAGGCCAGGAGCUAUUCCGCAAAGGACUUUUGAGUGAAGCAGUGCUUGCUUUAGAAGCUGAAGUCUUGAAAAACCCAGAUAAUGCUGAAGGUUGGAGGUUACUUGGAAUAGCUCAUGCAGAGAAUGACGAUGAUCAACAGGCCAUUGCAGCAAUGAUGCGUGCACAGGAGGCUGAUCCCACGAAUCUUGAAGUUCUUCUUGCUCUUGGUGUGAGUCAUACAAAUGAGUUGGAGCAGGCAGCUGCCUUGAGAUACUUGUAUGGGUGGCUACGUAAUCAUCCAAAGUAUGGAACACUGGCCACUCCAGAGCUUGCUGAUUCAUUAUAUUAUGCUGAUGUUUCUAGAGUAUUCAAUGAAGCUUCUCAGAUAUCACCUGAGGAUGCUGAUGUGCACAUUGUACUUGGUGUGCUAUAUAAUUUAUCCAGGGAAUAUGACAAAGCCAUUGCUUCCUUCCAAACAGCUCUGAAGCUCAAGCCACAGGAUUACUCCCUGUGGAACAAGCUUGGUGCAACACAAGCAAACAGUAUUCAAAGUGCUGAUGCAAUAUUGGCUUAUCAACAGGCUCUUGAUUUGAAGCCUAACUAUGUUCGUGCUUGGGCAAACAUGGGAAUCAGUUAUGCGAACCAGGGUAUGUACGAAGAAUCCAUUCGUUACUAUGUAAGGGCACUUGCUAUGAAUCCGAAAGCCGAUAAUGCCUGGCAAUAUUUGAGAAUUUCAUUGAGCUGUGCUUCUAGGAAUGAUAUGCUUGAAGCUUGUGAUUCUCGGAAUAUAGACGUUCUGCAGAAGGAGUUUCCAUUGUAAUCUUUAUCUAGGUUUAAAGUAAUGGAUAAAUGACAGGUUCCAGUAGCUGGGAGUGAGGGCCACACCUUUUAAAUCCUCCUCUUUGUCCAUUAAUAGCUACCUGCAUCCGCGUUGAUCGAGUAUGGCUCCAAUUUUUUCGUUACAUUCAGAUGAAAUAAUAUCUGCCGAGUGCUGUCCCUGAUCUUUGGAAGAACUUCGGUGAAAGUUUGAAGUUGGAAAACCAAAAAUGGAAAUUGGAGCCAACACAAACAAACAAAUUGUAGUGUAGUGUAAAAUGCAUUACCAGGUAUCCUGAUUCUUAAACACAGUAAUAGAGAAGGGCAUUUUAUUAUAAUAAGCAACUGCAGAUAAUGGAAUUACUUAUUACCAUUGAGGGUAUCAAUAAAUAUUCCUGUCAGAUUGAUGUC